ACACAUGUAUGGGUUUAUUGAUGGCUGGGCUGGGGCCCGGCCCGGGUGUUGAACGGUAUCGAGGAUCCCACCCCCGCUGUAUUGCAAACCCCAAACCUACGGAAAUUUCCGAUCGACCAUGGAAGGACUGCGGAAAGCAUACAGCGAUGCCGUCGCGCAGGCGCAGGAAUCCAAGGCAAAACUCACCUCUCUUGCCUCUUCCUUAGAGAAAACUAACAAGCCCCUCGACUCUCUCCCUUCUUCCUCUUCUUCUUCGUAUUCAACGGACCACUCUCGCUUGCUGCUGGCUCGCCCCUCGAGGCAAUUUGUAUCACUUUGGACAUGCUCAAAGAUUUGUGCCAUUUGCUUUGUUGCUGGAGUUUUUGUUGGUUACACUCUGAAACGACGAGUCAGACGCUGGGCAUCGAAACUUCUACGAAGAUUAAAAGAUGAUUAAAUUUUCAGGUAAUGAGUAUAUUGAGAGAUGCUUGAAACAUGUUAGAGAAAUUACAAUUUUGAAGAUUACAAAUUGUAAGUGGUUUCUGGGUAAAGUAGCACGGAUCAUGACUUCAUAGUGUCACAACUUUGAGCUGUUAAAUCAGCGGAUCAUGUAGCUGAGCGUGUUAAGUUUUCAAUGCUAUAUUGUUGUAAAGGUUCACUUAUCCUGUGUAUGCUUGAGCACCAGAUACGCCUCGACUUUGAAUAUUCUUCCAUGCAACUUGAACCUUGCUGUAUGGUGACAGGUGACCAAUUACUGAUAAUGAAGGGGUUUGUUGUGUGAAUGAAGGGUUGCGUUAUUAUUGUUGUUAGUUCACGGAAGAGAGUUCAGAACUCUUUGAAAACCCCAAUUAAGUUGGUUGCGGUAUUCCACCAAACUAUGUAGUUUGUGCCUCUUGUGAAUAUACUCCCUUAUGCUCUAUAAUAUUGUAAAAUAAGAGGCGAAUACCAUUUUGUGGUACACGUUAUCAACUUUAUUCCAUUUGUAAUCAAUGCGAACAAAGGUUGCAUCAGUAUGGGAGUAAUUAGGGCAGUAUGGUAAACUUAAACCCCUACAAGUUUCGCUAUUUUUGAUAUUUGGUGCACUGAGUUAACUUAGAAAAUAUACCUUAUUGAACUAUA